UCGCCGGCUCUUCCAGCGGCAGCUCCUCCCUUCUGGCCAGAUGGACAGCACAGCUUGGACUUGGGCUCCGGGGGACCCGGCUCGGGGCAGAAAGCAGCCUUUUAUAGCCGGCACGCCGGGCUGCGGCUCACACCUACACACUCCGCUGCCGAGCACAGCGCCGCUGCCGCGACCCGCACCCCCGCCCGUCGCUGCCCAUGGCGCCGCUGCCCCCGCUCCUGCUGCUGCUGCUGCUGCUGCUGCCGGCGGCCGUUUCUAAAGGCACUAUUGGGGAAGGCCGUGUGAGAAGUCGCAGAGGAAUCCUGGAGUUGGCCGGAGCCAUCAGGUGCACCACAGGGCGCUCGCCCUUCGCCUACCUGCGCUACGGAUGCUACUGUGGCCUGGGGGGAAAAGGAUGGCCCAUGGACAGAGUAGACUGGUGCUGCUUUCACCACGACUGCUGCUAUGGGAGGGCAGAACAAGCAGGCUGUCAGCCAAAGACUGAAAGUUACCACUGGGAAUGCAAAGACAAUUCUGCUGUGUGUGACUCACUAGAAGAUAAGUGUCAAAAAAUGGCAUGUGAAUGUGACCGUGAAGCUGCCAAAUGUUUUUCUAAAGCUCCCUACCAUAGAAAAUACCUAUUGUGGCCAGACUUUAUGUGUGGUGAGAUUCAGCCUCUGUGUAGGUAUUAGAUACAUGACUCUUGUAUAUAUUUAAAUCUAAAAUGACUUUUUUUUGGCCACAGUAAUGGCAAGAAAUUAUUUUCCCCUUUCUUGAUACUCCUUCAUUCCAUCUCAGCCUCUCCACCUUAAAAUGGGCAAAGUAAACAUUUUUCUUGUUAUUUACUUUCUCCCAUGCACUUAUUAUUGACUAAAUAGAAAUCUGAGUUUAUCAGCUUAAGGAGUAACUGACAAUGUUAAUUUUUUUCAUAUUCAGAUUCACAGAUUUUUCAGAUUGAUAAUAUCAUUCGCUGUGAACUUUUUAUCCCCCCUCCACUGGCUGUAAGAUACAAAUCAAACUUCUCCACAAACAAAUCUUAGCAUUUGUUAACUUUGAACUGACUGGAAAAAGUUCAUGAAGUGACAGUGUCAGCACAAAGAGCCCUCUCAUCUACAUUAAACACUUACUACAAAGCCUAA